AUGGACCUCAUGAAAACUAUCUGUUGUUGUGGUGGUGAGGACAACGAUGGUUUGCCAUACGAACGUUUGUAUAACGAUUCUAACGUGACACCAGUUAGACGGGACGAUGGUCGUCUUAAUGGUCGUGGAGUCGAUGAGGUGGACAACGUUGGUUGGAAUGGUUCCCGUAAAACAGUCGAAAGUAUAGAAGAACAAGAGGAAGAGGCCCUGAAUCGAAUAGUUGAAGACACCCAGCACAAUAUAAUCGAUGUAUCUCAUCUUGACGGAAUGACGCUGAACACAUCUGAAUACUUGGCUCGCGCUCAAAUGUACGAAGAAGCUAUUCGUACGAACGACCAAAACGUGAGCCGCGGUGUAGGUGGAGCACCCCGCAGUCCAAGUAGGCCAGCAAAACGUCUUUUGGAAGAUUGUGGUAAUAGAGCUGUUGACUGGCUCACCAGGCCCGCACCGUCGCAUGAAUCGUUGGAAGAAAUACGGCGCUGGACCACACAGAUGCAUGAUGCUGUGACGAAAGGAAUACAAGUGCAACAUAAAACAGAUCUAAUAGUCUACAUGGAUCUUUGA